UAUCGCCGCACGCUCCUGCAUCCGAUUACGGGGUGUGAUAAUUGUCGCUUGUCGUGAGACGAGAUCGAAAAUACAUUCUGUUCUGCGUCGAGAUAAUGAGCGAGAUCGCGAGACGGCAGCCGGGGCCGAUCGGCGACGCGCAAUCACGCGUCCGCCUCGCUACCACGCUGCAUUAGCGUCCCUCGUUGUCGUUAAUCAUGGUCCUGUGUGGCUGCGAUCUGCCAGGACACCAGCAGCAUGCCGUGCGACGACCGUUUGGGAAGGACGUGUGCACGUGUGGUCGCGAUAGCGACGACGUUGCUUCUCCUCACGCUAAACAUCGAGUGUAUAGACACCGAGAGUUCAGGGCUGGAAGGCAUUUGCUUACUGAAGGGCCUUCAUCCUUUUCUUAUCGUCACCUAUAAACACAUCACUAUAUCUGUAGACACAAUUGGUGUGCCUAACAACGAACGACUCAUGGUGAGAUGUCGAGAGAUAGGUAAAUACAAAUUCAUCGGCGAUUCUUUACUGCACUGCCGUAAUGGAGCAUGGGAUGGAAAGACACCUUAUUGCGUGCCUACCACGGCGAUCUCCAAUUACACUGAAGAUGUACCGCCGACCAUCGUUUUCGGUCUACCCGCUGGUUCAGCUGUAGUAGAACCAACCGGUGCACUCGCCGUUUAUCCAGGAAGUAUCCUGCAUUUAGAGUGUCUCUUCGCCAGAAAGUUGGGUAAUCCCGAAUGGACAUGGACCUCAACAUUCCGCCGAUAUCUGACAGGAUGGGCGAUUGCAGCACGGGAAAGAGAUUGGAAGUAUCGCCUGUCGAUAUACUAUGCUAAACUCCAGGAUUCCGGAGUAUAUACGUGUACCACACCGAAGGGAUUAAACAACUCAAUACGAGUCCGUGUCAGAGAUGUUCAAUGCACGGUGCUGGACGUCCCGGAACCACCGUUAAUAAGUCGUAUUGAAGGCAGUCGAAUGGGUCACAGUGCCGUUUUCGAGUGUCCAGUAGGAUACAGAUUAGAAGGUGCUCCCACUAUCACGUGCCAAUACAAUGGCAAAUGGUCGACGGAGGUGCCGCGUUGCGAGAAGAUUAAAUGUCCAGAGAUAAAUAUCCGGGAUAAUGCGCUAUUAGAAUUGAAUGAGCACAAUAACACUUAUAACGAGACAGCUGUCUUCACCUGCAUGUGGGGAUACAAGCUUUCGGGCUCGCAACAUAUGACGUGCGAAGGGGAUGGAAAGUGGAAUGGAUCUAUGCCGAGUUGUCAAAAGAUCACUUGUCCUGUACCGGAAACGCCACGAAGUGGGCGCAUCGUCGAGCAACCACGAUAUUCUAACAAGAAGCAGAAUCAUGGACGAAUGUACAAAGUCGGCGCCUUAGUGAGAUUCGCCUGUCAACCGGGUCACCAAUUGAUAGGAGAAGCAACUACCAUUUGCACAGAGAACGGCACUUGGUCUCACGAUCCGCCCGUAUGUAAGGUAAGAUGCCCUUAUCCAGGCGAUCCUCCUCACGGUCGAAUAGCGCCUCUCAAAUUUUGGUACAAACCGGGAGACAACAUACAGGUAACGUGCUCGCCUGGCUACGUGACUCCUCUAGAACCGGUGAAAAAGCCAUCGUGUCGAGAAAACGGCAUUUGGAGCGCACCACCACCACCUUGUCGAUCUUACAAAGAGGUGUGAGAACGAAAAUAGAUCAUCGAGUACUCCCGAGAACCGCUCACGGAUUGUCGUGCUAUUUUAUCUUACAUAACAAAGGACAUUCGAUAUUCAUUAUACGGGUAGCAAACGUGCAACAAUGUUAAAAGAAAUGUAAAAACUCGCGUUAGGCACUCACUUUGUUUCGAAGGGUAGACACGUUAUGUGAAGUUAAAAUUAUCAAGCGAUAAAUAGAAUUACAGUUACGAUAUAUCAAAUCGACAAAUAAUCAGUAGAUCACCCUGGAAGAAGCAUUUUUGCGUUUAAUAUAGAUCACGGAAUGACCAAUAUUUUGUUCACAAUUCUCUUCCAGAUACAUACAACGAUUUUAAUAAAACAAUUCCCUUUUUCUUAAUAUGCUCUUAAUAAAUAUUUUCUAACGACCA